AUGGCUGAAAAUGUAAACAAGUACGCUGUUGUCACUGGAGCAAACAAAGGGAUUGGUCUUGAGAUUUGCAGGCAGUUGUUGUCUGAAGGUGUAACAGUGGUGUUAACGGCUAGAGACGAGAAUCGAGGACUCGAAGCUGUUGCAAAUCUCAAAGGCUCUAAUGGGGUUUCAGAUUCUGCUGCUGAUAUACUUUUUCAUCGGCUUGAUGUGACUAAUUUAGCAAGUACUGCUUCUCUGGCUGAGUUUAUCCGGUCUCAUUUUGGAAGGCUUGAUAUCUUGGUAAACAAUGCAGGGAUUGGUGGUGUAACUGCCGAUGCUGAUGCUCUGAAAGCCAUCACUGGGGCUGGCAGCGGGACUGGAGGAGCAAAUGUCAACUGGAAUGAGAUAUUGAGUCAGACAUAUGACUUAGCCAUUGACUGUAUCGAGACAAACUAUUAUGGUACCAAAAGAACAACCGAAGCUCUUUUACCUCUGCUGAGGCAGUCUUAUUCCCCCAGGAUUGUUAAUGUAUCCUCUGCAAUGGGGAAGCUUAAGAAUAUACCGAACGAGUGGGCCAAAGGGAUACUAAACGACGCUGAAAAUCUUACAGAAGAGAAAAUCGAAGAGGUGUUGAGUGCGUUCCUUAAAGACUUCAAAGAGAGUUCCCUUGAAGCCAAAGGCUGGCCUCGGUUUUUCGGUGCUUAUACAGUUUCUAAAGCGGCCGUGAAUGCCUACACGAGGGUUCUUGCCAAGAAAAACCCAGAUUUCAAGAUUAACUGUGUGUGCCCUGGAUUUGUAAAAACCGACAUAAACUAUAAUACCGGUUUAUUGACGGUUGGAGAAGGUGCCGAAAGCCCGGUGAGGCUGGCUCUGUUGCCUAACGAUGGGCCUUCGGGCCUAUUCUUUGUGAGGAAAGAGGUUUCAUCUUUUGUGGAAUGA